AUGUCCGAAGAUGUUGGAAUACUGCUGAUUCGAGCAUCUGGGGUGGACUUUUUGGUAUGCAUUUUGGAUCUCGGGUUUAGGCAUUUUGGAUCUGGUUCGAAGAGGGUGGAUUCCACUCGUGAAAGGGCCGGGUCUUGCUGUAUGAGUAUUGAGCUAGAUUUAUUUAGGAGACUGGCGCGUUUAUUGAUAGGAAGUAUGAUAUCAUAUGGACUGUUGAGAAAGGCCGAGAAGAGUGCAUUUGGAAUAAAGCUCAACGGAGGAGGAAUAUUUCCGGCUGUUGGAGCAUUUAUAUUUGUACUUGCCUCCUCAUAA